GUAGCUUAAUCACUCGAGUUGGUGUCCCGACUCUCGUGUUUCCUAUGCGAGUAACAUUAUGUAUCAACCAAAGAGAUGGCUGAUGAUAUAGAAAUGCAUCGGCCUGAUCCGCUUGGGUCUUUCCUCUUAGGUACUUAUUGCUGAUCGAUACACUCGGCAGAUGAUACAAACCCUCAGUCUCUAUCGAGACAGAGUGGUCGUAACCCAGAAAAAAAAAAAACAUUCGUGGCCAUCGCACCGCUAGUUCUAUCACAAUGACGCCCCAACCCCUCCUCACAGACAAAAAUGCGCCUAUCGUCAUCGUCGGCGCGGGCAUCUUUGGUCUGAGCUCUGCGAUCCAUCUGGCGCAGAGGGGCUUUGAGAACAUCACCGUGUUCGACAAGCAGCCGUAUCAUGAGACCUUGUACGAUUUUGACCGGGGAUGCGACGCCGCAUCAGCGGACUGCAACAAAAUCAUCCGCGCAGCCUACGGCCAUGAAACAUGGUACCAGAACCUCACGUUCGAGGCGAUCCAGAACUGGACAGCGUGGAACGAUUCUCUAGCCAGAGGAGAUGAUCUACCUCCAGGAAUGACGACCAAGGACCGCAUCUAUGUCAAUUGCGGCAACUAUCAUAUCGGCGAUGAGAAAGGAAUGAAUGGCUUUGAGGAUCUGUCUGUCAAGAACAUCACUGCCGCAGGCUACGGCCAUACGCAAUAUCUCCUCACCGACCCCAGGGAUGUCGCGCGAGCCCGCCGUGAUGGGCUCAACGCUGCUAUUGAUCCGUUCAAUCUGCUGCACAAAGGCCAGGGCCGUCUUUCGGGUCAUCUUGACAUGGUGGGCGGCUUCGUCUACGCGGAUAAAGCAUGUCGCUUUGCGCUACACAAGGCCCAAUCUCUAGGCGUCAAGUUCAUCCUCGACCCGACUGCAGGCCAAUUCUCCAGCUUCAUCGAGGAAAACGGCGCUGUGACAGGAAUCAAGACAUCCGAUGGGAAGACGCAUCGAGCCGCAGUGGUUAUCCUCGCCUGCGGCGGCUGGACACCAACCCUUCUCCCAGAGCUCGACGGCCUCUGCGAGACGACGGCCGGUUCCGUAGCCAUGAUCCAAAUCCCCGAGGGAUCUCCACUCCGCGAGCGUUUCUCCCCUGACCGAUUCCCCGUCUGGCAUUACAAGAUGCGCGGUGGCGCCAACGGCAGUUUAUACGGCUUCCCGAUCGAUGAGCGCGGCGUCAUGAAGCUCGGAUAUCGAGGAACGAAGUAUACCAACCCGACACUAGCCACCACGAGCGAUAAGAAAACAACAAUCCGCAGCACUCCUAUCACUGCAUACACGCGUCCAUCGAUCCAUACCUUGCCGGCUAAAUCCAUCCAAGUCAUCCGUGGGUUUUUGGAUAAAUACCUCCCGGAACUGGGCGCUGCUAAUCUCAAAAUCACCACGACUCGACUCUGCUGGUAUACGGAUAGUUUCGAUAACCAUUUCGUGAUUGAUUCCGUCCCUGGAAAAGCUGGAGUGAUAGUCGCGACAGGCGGGAGUGGACAUGCGUUCAAGUUCCUACCGAUCAUCGGGCGGUUCGUUGCGGAUCGCGUGGAGGGCAGGGAGUCGGAUAUGUUAGAGCGAUUCUUCAAGUGGCGCUCGUUGAACCCGGGUGAGAAGCCGCAUAACUUCAUUAUGCAAGGGAAGGACAGCCCUAACUCACUGUUGAAUGUACGAAUGAGUGAUGAGCGAGAUUUGGAUCUAGGAGAUGAAGGGUAUAGAGCGAAGUUGUAGUUGAUAAUAUUCUUUUUUUUUUGUUUGUUUAUUUUACCUCUUUUUCUCUUUUCGUAUAGAGACGAUCUCAUUUGGUAGGUAUAGAUGAAGUGAAUUCAAAAGGAAAGUCGGCGAACACCACUAUGCAGAACAGGAACAGGGAAAAAAAAAAAGAAAAGAAAAGAAAAGAAGCCG